UUUUCUUGAUCGAUUGAAUGCUUCCUCGGUAGUCUACACUUAAUUAAUGUACAAUAUACUACAGUAUUGUGUUACCACUACAGUACAAUAAGGUAGAUCAUGUUGUCGAGGACAUUCUUUAUAAACAAUUGAAAUCCACUAUGCAGCGUUUUUAUAAGUAAACAUGGAUUACUACACUAUUUUUAAUCGGAUUUUUGUGUGUUUUGAUUCUCUUCUUCGUUUAUAAAUAAUAAAUCAGCAACUGGCCACGUUCGAUGUCGACAGAGUGUUAACCGAUUAAAUGUUUCCAGGGAAACGUUUAAUCGAAUAGCUCGGAUAUUUUCAAGAUGGCCGCGUCCAUGGGUGACAGCAAAACACGGAAGCGAACUUACAAAUCCGCCAAUUUGGAAGUAAAUGGACAUCAAAACGGACAUUUGUCAAAUGGCAUUAAUGAAAGAUGUCUCAAGGAAGAUGGGGUUAAUGUUGUAUACGUUUUGUUCGCUGUCGUAAUGUAUUACUGUGCCAUAUUUAGUUUCGUCCGAAGUCGCAGUUUUUCAUUUCCUGAACCUCAAAUUCAGGGGAAAUUCUCACAAAAGGAUGCAUUCUACGAAAGCAAUGCUAGAAAACAUAUGCAAGAGUUUUCUCUACAUGGCCCAAGGGUUGUUGGAAGUGAUGCAAAUGAAAUACAUGCAUAUCAAUACAUUUUAAAACAGUUGCAAAUUAUAAAAACGAAUGCGUUACCUCAGAAGUAUAUCCUUAUCGAUCAACAGAAUGCAACAGGCUCAUUUGAUAUAGAGUUUUUAUCCGAUUUUGUAAGCGUAUACAGAGAUGUCAAAAAUGUUGCGGCGAUGCUGAAAUCUGAAUUGGGAUCAGAACAUAGUCUCCUGAUGAGUUGCCAUUUUGACAGUUCUAUUGAUAGCCCAGGUGCCGGUGACAAUGCCAUUAGCUGUGCUGUUAUGCUGGAAAUAUUGAGGGUAUUUUCGCAAUCACCUGUAAAACAACUUCAUAACAUCAUUUUUCUGUUCAAUGGAGCUGAGGAGAAUCUCUUACAAGCUAGCCAUGGCUUCAUAACGAAGCAUCCAUGGGCUGACUCCAUCAAGGCCUUUGUGAAUAUUGACUCUGCUGGAGCCGGAGGUUGGGAGAUUGUCUUCCAAACAGGCCCCUCCCACCCCUGGCUGGUGCGUGCCUAUGCGGACUCUGCCCCCUACCCCAGUGGGUCCAUCUUGGGACAGGAGGUCUUCCAGAGUGGAGUGAUACCCUCUGAUACUGACUUCAGGAUUUACAGAGACUUUGGGGAAAUACCUGGUUUGGACAUAGCAUACAUAACCAACGGUUACGUGUAUCACACACAGAAUGAUCAGAACAGGUACAUCCAGCCUGGCUGUGUACAGAGAGGAGGGGAGAAUCUGCUGGGCCUCCUACGUCGCCUCUCCUCCUCUCCUCGCCUGGCCGACCCUGGGGAUGAGAGAGACGGCACCAUGAUCUACUUUGACCUUGUGGGCUACUUCAUGGUCUAUUACCCACAGAGUGUGGCCAUCGUCAUCAAUAGCGCCCUUGUGGCCACCAUUGUCUUCAGAAUCAUACGGAAAACAUUCAACCUCAUCCCCUCAGAUGAACAUGAUCCCAUGUUCAUGAAGAAUUUGCUCAAAGCUACAGUUGCCCUGUUUCUCACCUGGAUAGCGGUCAUCCUGACCUGUGUUGCCAUGGCGCUAACCAUAACAUUGCUAGGCAGCAACCUGAGCUGGUUUACGCAUAACUACAACCUCGUACCUCUGUACCUCAUUCCAUCGGUGAUAGUUGUACUCUAUAUGCAAGAUUUCUUCAAGGAUCGGUGGUUUAAAGCCAACAGUCGCUGGUACAACGAGAAGCUGUUUUUCGAGGCCACCCUGACGGGUUGGUCAAUACUGCUGCUGUUGUUGACCCUGAGGGGGAUGGGCAGUGCCUUCAUGCCCAUGCUGUAUGUCCUGGGGCCUCUCGUGAUCAGAGACCGCACCAUGUGGCUUGCUAGGGCCUGGAACUGGAAAAAUCAUGUCACCAGCUUUGUGAGUCUUCAUCUGGCCUCGUUAUUCGUGCCGUUACUAGUGACGAUCUACAUGUCGCAUGCAGUGUUUACACUCUUCAUUCCAAUAUUUGGCAGGACAGGAACCUCUGUCAAUGCGGACAUUGCCGCCUCACUUCUGUUGGCUAUUCUGCUCAUUCCAACCACUGGCUAUUUGGUCAGCCUGUGUUACCUUUGUCGUAACAUCCGCAAGAUCUGUGCUGUGCUAGCUGUGGUCGUGCUCGUCUGGGUGUGUGCCAUAGUAGUCUCCCCACUCGGCUUUCCGUACAGCGGUGACAAGGAUCAUCCUUCGCCUAACAGGCUGUUGGCCAUACAUACCAGACGAAGAGUUUUUGACUUACAAAGUCAUGUGACCCAUGAAGACUCAGGUAUUUGGCUCAUUCCUUUCGACUACAACAACAACAAGCACCUGUUGGGGGCCAUGCCUCAACUGAAGGAUGCGAUUGACGUGGAUUGCAGACUUGGACCAUACUGCGGCAUGCCGUUUAUCAUACCUUGCAUCUCCAUGUUACCGCCCAAACAAAGUCUAUACCUGCCAGUUCCUUCACACACGAGGCCUGAUGUUAAAUGUGAGCUUGUCAAGAAGCAGUAUGAGACAUCAUCAGGAUAUCAGAAGCUGGACUUGGAAAUAACAGGCCCCGACCACAUAACAGUGCAAGUUCGCCCGCACCCGGGUGUGACUCUGGCGGGGUGGAGCCUCAGUGAGUUUGUCCCAGAGCCUGCUGCCAUGCCCGCCGACAUGAACGAGACCACAUACUUUGUGUACUACUCCCAUGGUCAAGCACCCGAGUCACCUUGGGCAUUCUCUCUGUACCUGAAGACUGAUUCUGGUCAUGAUUCGUUGAAAGGCUUGGUGGACAUUGGAGUCGCAGGCCACUAUCUGCACGGACGGGACAAACACACACCCGAGAUGGAGCAGUUCCUUGCCAAGGCACCUGAUUGGACAACGCCAGUCACGUGGACGGCAUCAUGGGAUGGUUACGUGUUUUAGUCAAUAUCAAAAUUUGGUAAAUUUAAAGUCAUAUGAUGGUAUCAAAAUUAAGUGAAUGUAAAGACACCUCAUGGCUUUUUGUUUUUCAAGUGUUUAGUUGAAGUACUAGUUAUGUUUUGCAUUGGAUUUCAUUUAUUUUGUGACUUUUGAUAUUGUUAACAAUUGCUUUGAUUUUUUUUUAAUGUUUAGUUUAAGUCCAUGCUUAGCAUUCAAAUUAAUGUAUGUGUGAAUGUUGAUAUUGCUCACAAUUGCUUUGAGGGAAGGUUACUUAUUAAGCUUUCAAUAGCAGCCUGUGUGUGGAGAGUUGUAUGAACAAUGGCUCCAUGUUAAUUUUUGUAAAAAGUUGUUUAUAGAAUGACUGGUGUGUAUGAAGUUGAAUUGUAUUUCCACCAAUAAACUUGUGUAGUAUUGGUGCAUAAGCCUUCAUAGGCAACAUGUACACAUGUUAUCAUAAGUAUUUAUUUACCUCUCAAGUUCUCACCUGUCUCUUGACAAAUGGCAUUCAUGUCAUCGUGACAUAUUUUUGUCACUUUAGUUUUAUUCUCAACAGCUAUCACAUUUCUAUACUAUUCUUAUGAAUUGCACUUUAAAUACUUCACCAAUAGGAUGAUGCCUAUUGAUUUUGAGUUAAAUAGGUCAAGGAAGUGUAGACCAUUUUGUUUCUGCAAGCUUUUAAGAGAACUCUUUGGCCUAAAAGUUAACAUGAUGUGUACCGGUAUAUGGGAUGAUAGGGAGACACCUUUUAAUGUUGUGGUCAAAUGUUUUAAGGGCUUGUAACUUUAAAUAAACACUAUUCAUUUCCACAUGAUAUCUAGACAACACAAUUUCCAACUAUCAUACAAACCGGUAUGUCAGUUCCUCAAGAUUAAUGGAAGAUAACUAUCAAUUUUAAUUUCAUCGGGACAAAGGUCAAGGCCACAGCAUUUCAACUCAAUACCAUCAAAAUAUUUUAACCUAGCAUCAUGUUUUAGAAUGCUUCAUAGUCAUAAAUGGAAAAAUAUCUAUAUAGAUUUGCAGAUCAACAGGUCAAAGUUCAAGGUCAUAGAGACAUGUAGUAUUAAAGCAUCUCUUUCACAAAUUUCAUAUAUUGACACAUAUGUGCCGAAUGGAUGGGCAGUGCGAGGCAUACAUGUUUUAAAACAUCUCUUGUUUCAUACAGUUGUCAAUUAAAUUUAGUAAUUGUUGAAUUAUUGCAAAGAAUAUCCAGUCAACUUCAUGUAUAGAGAUAUUUUCCAUUCAAUAAUAUUGGCAUAUAAGAUUCCUUCAGGUAUAUAUUGUUAUUAAGUUAGUGUUAUUUAAGAUUGAUUUGUUUAGAAUGUU